AUGAAAUCGUCGGUGUUGGGGCUCUUGCUCGUUCUUUCCACCUCGUGGGCGCUCAUUGGCGACGGGUUCAUCCAGUUACCAGUCACAAAAGUUGUCAGAAAAAAGACUGGAGUUAGCAACAGGAUCCCCAUUUACGAAGAAAUCGAAAAGGUAGCCGAUCGGAUCGAAGAUGGUCUCAGCAAGUUGGCGGCUCCUUUCCUUGUAAGUAGUCCCCAAUCGUCGCCAGGCAAUGGCCCCUCCAGCUCCUAUCCUGCUUCUGCUUCUGCAUCACCACAAGCUAAAGCAAUCUCAGUAGGCGGCUCGCCUUCCGACCUGCUGCUGCUGCUGGACUCCAAUGCGCAAUCAAGCGCAUCAAAUAGCGGAGGCACGGGUGCGUUUUUCCUUGAAUUGGUCAAUGAGGAAGUGUUGUACUACGCCACGCUUGCCGUUGGCAGCCCAGCUCAAGAGAUUGAAGUCAUGGUUGACACUGGAUCCUCGGAUCUUUGGUUUGUUGCUGCUAAUAACCCUCAAUGCAAGGCAAAUGGCGGGUCAUUAGAUUGCGAUAAACAUGGCACCUACAACAAACUGAAAUCGUCGAGUGCCAGUGCCACUGACAAUAGCUUUUCCAUCAACUAUUUCGAUGGCAGCAAAGCUGAAGGAAAAUACUAUCAAGAUAGUCUCGAGUUUGCUUCCGGGUUUGCCCUUGAUAACGCCACAUUUGCUAUUGUUGAAAACACAACCUCGACUAUUGGUGUGUUUGGGGUUGGCUAUGAGGAGUUGGAGGCGACAUCAAAUAAAUACACCAAUGUGCCUUUGCUCAUGAAAAAUCAAGGUUUGAUAGCCAGAGCUGCAUAUUCACUUUACUUGGACAGUAAGGACGCUCAACUGGGAUAUAUAUUGUUUGGCGGCAUCGACCAUGCAAAGUUCACUGGGAACUUGGUUGAGAUUAGCGUUGUGCCAUCAAAUGGCAAGUACGUCUACUUGCAAAUCCCAUUGUCACAUGUGGCCGCGUCCAUCAACAACUACACCGAUGCUUACCCAACUGGUCUCAGCAACGGAACCAACACACCUAGAGUCGGUGCCGUGAUCUAUAAUGGCACUGAUUCCUUCAACGGCGGCGUGGACUUGACAAACGAGCCAGCUUUGUUGGACUCGGGAACGACUUAUUCCUACUUGGCUCAAAGUCAAGUCGAAAGCAUAGUUGGAUUGUUUGGCAAUGUCACCUACAACCAGUAUCUCCAAGCUUACGACAUUCCCUGUUGGUUGAGAAACAGCGGCAACUAUUUGCAGUUUAAUUUCAACCAGCAAAAAGAUAUCCAGGUGCCAAUUUCCGAAUUUAUAGUUGAGCUGGGGAAAAACGGCGCUGGUGUACCACAGUGUGUCUUUGGCAUAUUGCCUGGUAGCAUGACGAUACUCGGAGGUAAUUUCAUGAGGUCGGUCUACGCCGUGUUUGACUUGGAGGCAAAUGGGAUCUCGAUUGCCCAAGCAGCAUACAACAACGAGCACCAGGUGACCCUCAUUGAAUAG